AUGGGACAGACUGUCACCACCCUCCUGAGCCUCACGCUUAACCACUGGUCAGACGUGAAGGCACAAGCCAACAACGAGGGAGUUGUAGUCAAGAAGAAUAAAUGGAUCACCCUUUGCGAGGCCGAAUGGGUCAUGAUGGAUGUAGGAUGGCCUCGCGAGGGAACCUUUAACCUCAGACUUAUUUCACAGGUGGAGGGACAAGUCUUCACUCCGAGUCCCCAUGGCCACCCGGACCAGGUCCCAUACAUCGCCGUAUGGAGACUCCUGGCGACAGAACCCCCUCCAUGGGUUAGGCCGUUUCUCUCCCCUCCAGCGCCGGCAGCAAUGCUCGCCGAAUCCCGGGGCCGGGGGAGUGGGGAAGAUGGCUCGGGGGCGGCGUCACCCGUGGGCGCCGAGCCACCCAGCCCCGAGUGUUACACCUCCUCCACAGCACCACCGCUCCCUCUCGCCCCUCCUACCUCCUCCCUUUACCCUGUUCUCCCACGAAAGGAUCCCCCUAAGGCCCCUGUCCUUCCCCCAGACCCCAAUUCACCUCUUAUUGUCCUGACAGAGGACCCACCGCCAUACCCGGGGAAUCAGGCACCGGAGGGACCGAGAGAGCGGGAGGAUGAGGCUCCAGCUCCCUCCCCAAUUGCCGGUCGCCUACGAGGAAGGUGCGACGAACCAGCCAAAGAAUCCAGGGCCUUCCCCCUUCGGGAGGGCCCCAAUCACCAGCUCCAAUACUGGCCGUUUUCGGCCUCUGAUCUUUACAACUGGAAGCAGCAUAAUCCUCCUUUCUCUAAGGACACUGUUGCCUUGACUAACCUGAUUGAGUCCAUUUUAGUGACCCACUGGCCCACAUGGGACGAUUGUCAGCAGUUACUGCAGACCCUCCUGACGGUGGAGGAGAAGCAGAGAGUCUUCCUGGAGGCUCGGAAGCAGGUUCCAGGAGACGAUGGAAGACCCACCCAAUUGCCUAAUGUCAUUGAUGCAGCCUUUCCCCUCACCCGCCCGAACUGGGACUUCGCGACCCCAGAAGGUAGGGAAUUCUGGCGGAGGCCCAUGGCACCCGCUCCGACCUAA